AAAGGACCAAUUCAAGAAGCAUAGAUUGAAGAAUUACAGUUUGUAUGUCGUCUCAAAUUGUUUCAGAGAGAAAGAAGAAGUCAAGAAGCAGACGGAAUAGAUAUGAUUCUAUAGCAGAGAAACUCGCUAGGUGGAGAGAGUUUAAUAAGGAGCUCGAUUCUUCUGGCGAUGGAGCAAGUAAGAGUCGUAAAGCCCCUGCCAAAGGCUCUAAGAAAGGUUGUAUGAGAGGGAAAGGAGGACCAGAUAAUUCACGCUGCAAUUACAGGGGUGUGAGACAGAGGACUUGGGGAAAGUGGGUGGCCGAGAUUCGUGAACCUCACAGAGGCAGCCGGCUUUGGCUGGGUACCUUCCCCACUGCAAUUGAAGCUGCUAAAGCUUACGAUGAGGCAGCUAGGGCCAUGUAUGGUUCCGGUGCACGCCUAAAUCUUCCUAAAUCCUCUGAAUCAAAGGAUUCCUCAACUGAAUGGUGUUCAGCAUCUACCCGUACCCGUACUACUUCGUCAUCUGAAUCCACCACAACAUCGGAAAUCCGUGGAGUAACAUCCAAUCAAUCUGAGGUCUUCGGAGCUGAGGAAGCAACAGUGAAGCAUACCCUCACCCCUAAGGUUGAACCAGAGGAAGAAGAGGCGGAAAUCUAUUACAGUCAACCAAAUGCUGCAGAGGCCCCUGCAACAAUGAGCAUGGUUAAAGAGGAACCUAAGGAAGAGCCCUUAGAGAUAAACGAUUACAGACAAUUAAACGCUGGGGAGGUCCCUGCAACAAUGAGCAUGGUUAAAGAGGAAGCUAAGGGAGAGCCCCCCGAUCCUAUGGAUUCUAGUGUGUAUGAAACUUGUGGAGCUGGUGGUGAUGACAUGUCGAAUUCUGACCUGUUAUUACAUAAUUUUUCAAUAGAAGAACUGUUCGAUGUAGAGGACCUGUUGCAGAAUCUUAAAAACUCUGAGACCCUUGGGGGUGGCUUUAUGGAGGAUUGUAAUUUCGACACAGGUCUGUUCGGGAGCUCUGAAAAAGACCAGUUUCAGUGUGGGAGCCCUUCAAAUUUAUCAUAUCAAUUGCAGAACCCAGAUGCGAAGCUGCUUGGUAGCUUGAAUCAUAUGCAGGAGACACCCUCAGCUGUUGAUUACAGUUGCGACUUCUUGAAGCCAGUUGAACCGGGUUCAGAAAUACAGGGAUCUAACUAUAGUUAUGCGUUAGAUGAUGAUCAAAUGCUUGGAUUCUCCGACUUGGAGUUCUGA